AUGGGCUCUCAUGUCAGCGAGACGAAUAGGCUGACAUUCCGGGAGACAGACGAGGCUGGAAAUCCUACUGCAACCUAUAUCUACUCGGGAGGUGUCGCUUCGAUCACUUCAACACCGACGGGCCGAGUAGAUGUAAUAUUCCAGAUAUGGUCGUCAUCUUGUGGACUGGCGAGCAUCCCGGUUGUCCUGAGUGCCUCUCCAUCAACCUCAUCAUGGUCAGCUAAGCCUCUAUUCAGCUCCCUGAGUGAUGUUUUUCUCCCUUCCGGAUAUCCUCAAAGUGUCAGCGAUGACUAUCUCCCAUAUCAAAUCUUUGACUCCCUUCAAGCCUUCUGCAGCUCAAUAGCAGGCCUCCUCUCCUCCAGAGCCGUCCUCCAAGGAGUCGGCGUCGGCAACGCCAAUGCCUCUCCAACCUCCGCCCUACUCCUACACAUCCUGCAAGAUAUAUCAGGCCGCAUCGCAACGAUCUGCUUCGCCCACCGCGUCGGCACAGCCCUCGAGCCGGAAUGCAAAACCUACCGACUAGCAGCAGACGUCUUUAACGAUAUCGCCAUGAUCCUCGACUGUCUCUCGCCGGGUGUUCCCGCCGGACCACCGCGAGUGAUUGUUCUCAGCACAGCAGGUGUGCUUAGAGCUCUCUGCGGUGUAGCCGGGGGUAGCUCGAAGGCGAGCUUGAGUGCUCAUUUUGCUAAAUGGGGGAAUCUGGCGGAGCUUAAUGCCAAAGACUCGUCUCAGGAGACUGUCAUUUCUCUUUUCGGCAUGCUGGUCGGAUCCGUAGUAAUCUCCCACAUAACCAGCUUCACCACAACCUGGCUCCUCCUCCUCAUCCUGCUAGCCCUUCAUCUAAGCAUGAACUACGCCGCCGUGCGCGCCGUGCAAAUGACAAGUCUAAACCGCCAGCGCGCGAACAUCGUCUUCUCCGCCCUCCUCGACUCAGACAGCAGUCUAGCCCUAGCCCUAGAUCCCAAUCACAAUGUCGACCCUACGGCCACAACUACACCAGAGAAGAAAAACACCCUCCUCACACUCACACCAGCACAGGUCGCCCAGCACGAGCGCAUCUUCCACCGAGACGGCGCAUUGCAGUGGACGCAGCAUACAACAACCCAGCACCUAGGGUCCGCGCAGAUAGGCGUGUCUAUGUCUACAUUCCUGGGUAAUUCCGGGUCAGGUAGGACAUUCCCACGCACGCUCCCGCUGCCGCAACUUGUGACUGUUUUCGCGGAUGAGUAUUAUUUGCUGUUUCUCGCACCGGGAGGGAACCCGAAUUCGAAUACGAAUGUAACCAAAUGGCAUGCUUCGAUUCUCUUGAAGCCGGGCUGUGCAGUCGAGCACCAGUUGAAGGCGUGGGCACAUGCGUUACUGGCUGCAAGGGUUCUAGCUCUGGUCGGGAUUUCAACGGAGUCUUCUUCUGCUGAUGCGGUUCUUGCUGUUGUGGAGAAGACGCUUGGCUUGUUGAAUGCCGAUGCGCGAUUCCAGGGAUAUAUGAUGGCGUUGAGGGGUGUGGGGUGGGAUGUUGGUAUUGCGGCUUUGGAGACGAGGGGGGGACGGAGGAUUGAUAUUUGA